AUGACCUCAUAUCCUCGCCAAAACAAGCUCCUGGCCCUCUUCCUUGCCGACUACACCCUCGGUUUCUCCGAUGGCCUGACCGUCCCGUUCGCCCUGACAGCGGGGCUCAGCAGCCUCGGCCGCACCGACACAGUCAUCUACGCCGGACUGGCGGAGCUAUGUGCCGGCAGCAUAAGCAUGGGAAUAGGCGGCUACCUGUCGGCUCUGGACGCUGCAAAGGCCCAGACGAAUGGCAAUAGCCGCCACGGAAGCAGCAUCGGUAGCGACGUCGACGAGGAGGAAGCCCGCGGGAUGCUGCCGGCUGUCAACAAGCCCUCCUGGCCGACUGGCGGCAGGCGAGGCUCACUCGGCUCUCUUGACAGCCAGAGCAGCAGCGUCCUCUUUCAAGACGACAAGGUCAUGUACACCGGUGUCUCUGUCGACAACUCUGCCACCAACGACGCCGUUGAGAACCACCUCGCCCCACUCGACCUGCCCUCCGACCUGGUCCUACACAUCAUCAGCACCCUGCGCCAGAGGCAGGGCACAUCACAGGCUUCCCAGGCCCUCGCCUUGCACAGGCAACGACGGGACCGCCCGCAGCGCCCUCGCGGCAAGGAGGACGACGAGCCAGCCGACAACGUCGCCCUCAGCCCCCUCACUUCCGGUUUGUCUAUAGCCCUAGGCUAUUCUGUCGGCGGCCUUAUUCCCCUCCUGCCCUACCUCUUCAUGUCCACCAUCGGGAGUGCCCUGUGGUGGAGCGCAGCCCUCUGUCUGGCUGCCCUGUUCCUGUUUGGCUUCGGCAAGAGCUGGCUACUCGGCGACGGCGGCGAGGAGUACCGGGGACGGUUGAGAAAGGCCAGCUAUGCUAUGAGAUGGCGCCAGGGUCUGUGGGAGGGCUUCAUGAUGCUCAUCUUGGGAAGUAUGGCCGCCGGUGCGGCGGUGCUGUGUGUCAAUCUCGCUGAGGGUGCGGGACAUGAGGGUCCGCCGCUGCCGGUUGGGCCUUGA